CAAGGCGCUCAAACGAAGUACGUGUUGUUAUCGUUCACUGCGGGAGCUUUCUCUGUCUUUCCCAGCCGUCUAACUUUCGAUCGUUUUUAAAGCAAAAUGUAUACCAGUAGUAUGGCUAAGAAAGGACCUUACGAAAUGGAUUCGUUUUAUAAUCUCCGACCUCUACCAUCAAGAGGAACAAGAAAGCGAAAUCCCGACGAAGAUUUCAUUCUCCGUGGUCAUCGAACUCCUGCCAGAUUGAAGCCUCAGAACUACCGAACCAACUCUGAGAUGACCAUAACCGCCAAAGAAGCUACGAGAACACCCUCAAAGCAAUCUGUGAAUUUUCAGGAAUCACAGACAUCUGAUGUAGAGUUUGACCCAGAGGAUUUAGCUUUGGACUUAUCAGAAUUUGCUGAUGGACCAGAAGAAGAACUUGUUGGGUUGCAAGAUAAAUCAAGUGAAAAUGAUGCAUUUUUGAACAGUAGUUACAACUCAGACAGUUGGUUUAUAAAGCCACUUCACCGCACAAUGAGUGCACCAGUUGACAUUGAGGAAAUCGCCCGAAGACAGCCUCUAAAAGCUUCUGUGUUAAGAUCAGCUAUGGCAGGAAAUGUGACAAGUGUACCCAGUGAAAAGAUCAGGAAGACACCAAUCAAUGACUUUGAUUUGUCACUCUUUAGAGAGGCAGAAAAUUGCAUGUUGAGUUCACGAACAAUAAGUGCUCUGGCAACACCAUAUCAAGAAGAACUGGCCAGGUUAAGAUUAGACAGGUUACGUUUAGAGGAGCAAAGGCUUCUCAAAAAGAAAUGUGUGGAUGAACUAGAGAGAAUCCGUGGACCUAAACCUAGGUGGUAUGAACUCAAGACUCCUGAAUUUCACCGUGAAGCAAAGAGGAACAAUGAUAUACUAUCAUUGUCAGGUCACUAUGAAGAUAUCAUGGAAUACAGAAAACAGCUUUUGUCUCGUGUUGGAGAAGAAAAGGUUGCACAGUGAUGGUCAGGGAUUGUGAACCUUGCGCAUAGAAAAAACAUUAAUUUUCCAUACAAAUAUCAUUUGCUUAACAAUGAAGGUCUCCAUCACCAAUAUUUUUUUAAUGUUUGCAUCAUAAUUUUUUAACUGAACUUUCAGAUGUGAGUGAAAUCUUUUGUUCCAGACUGAUUUUAAGCUUUAGUGUUGUAUAUAUAUUGGCACUGGCUUUGGUUAUUUUUGUUAACUUGGAAUAUUUCUCCAAUUCAUGUUAUAACUUGGAAUAUUUUCCCAGUACAUGUGAGGUAAUGAUAAAUGUGCAAUAAUCUUAACAGCAUUUAAUAAAAGGAAAUGAAUGCUUUAAUUUAGUUUUUGUAACUACCUGCAACCCUGGACCUUGAGGAUUUUGCAUUUGGUUCUUUUUCAUUUACUUAUGUGGAAAUAUCACAGGGGAGAGAUAAAAAAGUCAAGUACUUGUUGCAGAAUACUAUAUCCACUGCCAUUAUCCAAAAUGCAUUGGUGUGAGACUCCGUGUCAAAUAGUGUGUGAAAAUCUUGAGGGAUAAACCUUUUAAGGACCAAUACAUGAGACAAAAUGAGAAGUGUACAGCUGCAUAUGGGCAAAUUGUAGAGCAAAUAAAACCUUUGCAGUUUGUCAGUUACUUUA